UAACCACUCGGCCACAGGGUCAGUCCCGCUUCACUCCCUUUAAUUUCACUGAAGAAUGUGUGACCAGAAGGACAUCAUUCCACUUAGGUUGCAGUUGGUCCUCAAGGUGUUGACUUUUCCACGUCUUGAGGAGGGACCCACCCAAUGCCCUGGGCUUACGCAGUGCAGGGGCACGUCGGGAGGGGGAACAUCAAUCGCCUGGAAGUGUACUUACGUAUAGCAUGUAAAGUAGCACCUAGAGACCGUACACGUUUUAUAGCAUCCAAUUCUUUUACAACAUGACCAUCUUCAAGAUUGCAAUAGUACUGAGUCUUAAGGAGGGGUCUCCCAUGUGACAAGACCCUAUCCCAUGUUAGGUUGGUUUCCUGACGUAUUUUGGCAAUUGUUUUCUUUAACGUCUGGUUCAUCUUUUCAGUCUUUCCCGUAGAUUGAGGCCUCCGUGAAGUGCAUGACUUCCAUUGCAUUCCGAGGGCUCCAGACACCUCUUGUGUUACUUUGGCUGUGCAGGCUCCUCCGCUGUCGCUUUGAAUUGAAAGACGCAGCCCAAAGCGAGGGGUCAAUCCUUUUAGUGAGGCCUUUGUUACUUUGGAAGCCUCUUCUGUCUUGCACGGAAAGGCUUUGACCCAUCCUAGGAGGGUCCACAAAUACCAGCAAAAAUCUGUAACUUCCCACAGCUCUUUGCAUCGCAGUAAAGUCUAUUUGCCAAUCCUCCCAUGGUUCUGUCCUUCAGGUUUGCCCCCUGUGGAUUAUAGGUGGUGGCCCACUUUGGGGAUUGCUUCUGGCACAUAUCAAGCAAUUCUGUACUACCUUCUGGAUAGUCCUUUGCAUUUGUGGACCAACAUUAAACUUUGUAGCCACUGGUAGGUUGCGUCUUUCCCAUAAUAGGUUCCCAGAUGCAGGUGAGUACUGAUUUUUCCCGUUCGGUGCUCGGCUGUAAGCACUGGUCCCCAUUCUUUAUAGGUCCAGCCUGCUUUAGUCGUUUGGUACUGAUCGCCACCUGAGCUUCAUGAGUCUGUGUGCAAACCCCAUUCGUCUGCUCACUUUAAAUCCGUUUCUGAUACUGAGGCUUAACCAGGGAUGGAUCCACACUCAGGGAGGCAGUGACCUUCAAGGAUGUGGCCGUGACCUUCAAUGAGGACGAGCUGGGGCUGCUGGACCCCACCCAGAGGAAGCUGUACCGGGACGUGAUGCUGGAGAACUUCCGGAACCUGCUCUCUGUGGGGCAUCCGUCCUCCAAACCAGAUAUGAUAUCCCAGCUGGAGAGAGAGGAAAAGCUUUCACUGAAGGAGACUCCAGCUCAGAGAGGUGGGCCCUCAGGGGAGAACUGGGCAGCUCGAGGCCUCGCAGGAGGUAGCAGUCAAAAUGAGAGGAAAACUCUUCCCGAAGCAGGAGUCAGGUGCAUUUCCUUGGGAGAGCUUUCAUGCUGGCAAAUCAAGAAACACACAAGCAAAUUAACCCAAAGUCAAGACUCCAUGAUAAAUAUUCAAGGAAAGAGUUCUCAGUUCCCCCAACAAUGUAAUCCCCCCUGUGAAGCGGGAGCCAGAGUAUCCAUUCAAGCUUAUGUGGAUGACAGCUGUGUAAUGAAUCUUAUAGAGGAUCAGUCCAACAUUACUGAAAAUCAAGAGUUUCCAACUGGGACAGCUCAGAAUUCUUGGAGUAAAAUAUAUCUGAAUGAGACACAGAAUUAUCAGAGAAGUUGUGAGCAGACUCAGCUGAAAAGCAGAUUGUGUAUAUUUGCUCCAUAUGUUGACAUUUUCAGUUGUGUUUCACACCCUGAUGCUGACACUGUCGACAAAAGAGAUGAAGCUCAUGGCAACAGAGACUGUGGGAAAGACAUGGUGAAGGCAUCACCUCUUGCCCAGCACAGUGUAAUCCACACAGGACAGAGCACCUACCCAUGCAAUGAACGUGAAAAAGCCUUCAGUGGUGGCUCCAGACUGGAACUUCAUCAGCAGGUUCACUUGGGAAAGACGUCCCCUGCAUAUGGUGCCCAUGAGGAGGACGCCAGUUACAGUUCAGCUAUUCCCAUUCAACAGAGUGUUUGCACAGGAAAUAAACGCUAUUGGUGUCAUGAGUGUGGGAAGGGUUUCAGCCAGAGCUCAAACCUGCAGACUCAUCAGAGAGUCCAUACAGGGGAGAAACCCUAUUCAUGCCACGAGUGUGGGAAGAGCUUUAACCAGACCUCACAUCUUUAUGCCCACCUUCCUAUUCACACAGGAGAGAAGCCCUAUAGGUGUGAAAGCUGUGGGAAGGGCUUCAGUCGUAGUACAGACCUCAAUAUUCACUGCAGAGUUCACACUGGAGAGAAACCUUAUAAAUGCGAAGUGUGUGGGAAGGGCUUCACUCAGAGAUCACAUCUUCAGGCCCACGAAAGGAUCCACACUGGAGAGAAACCAUAUAAAUGUGCAGAUUGUGGUAAACGCUUUAGUUGUAGCUCAAAUCUUCACACCCACCAGAGAGUCCACACAGAAGAGAAACCGUACAAAUGUGAUGAGUGCGGGAAGUGCUUUAGUUUGAGCUUUAAUCUUCAUAGUCAUCAACGCGUCCACACGGGAGAGAAACCCUAUAAAUGUGAAGAGUGUGGGAAGGGUUUCAGUUCUGCCUCAAGUUUCCAGAGCCAUCAGAGGGUUCACACAGGAGAGAAGCCAUUUCGGUGCAAUGUGUGUGGUAAAGGCUUCAGUCAGAGUUCCUAUUUUCAAGCCCACCAGAGGGUCCACACUGGAGAAAAACCCUACAAAUGUGAGGUCUGUGGGAAGCGCUUCAACUGGAGCUUGAAUCUUCACAAUCAUCAGAGAGUCCACACCGGAGAGAAACCCUACAAAUGUGAGGAGUGUGGGAAGGGUUUCAGUCAGGCCUCAAAUCUUCAAGCUCAUCAGAGCGUCCACACUGGGGAGAAACCAUUCAAAUGCGAUGCGUGUCAGAAGAGAUUCAGUCAGGCGUCACAUCUUCAGGCCCACCAGAGAGUCCACACCGGAGAGAAACCAUAUAAAUGUGACACGUGUGGGAAGGCCUUCAGCCAGAGGUCCAAUCUACAAGUCCAUCAGAUCAUUCACACCGGAGAGAAACCAUUUAAAUGUGAGGAGUGUGGAAAAGAAUUCAGUUGGAGUGCAGGACUCAGUGCUCAUCAGAGGGUCCACACAGGGGAAAAACCCUAUAUGUGUCAGCAGUGUGGCAAGGGCUUCAGUCAGGCCUCACACUUUCACACACAUCAGAGGGUCCACACUGGAGAGAGACCGUAUAUCUGUGAUGUGUGUUGUAAGGGUUUCAGCCAGAGAUCACAUCUCGUAUACCAUCAAAGAGUCCACACCGGAGGGAAUCUGUAGAAAUGUGGCGAGCGGUGUAGCCUUCGGUCAGAGUUCACAUCUUCCUGUCCAUUGCAAAGUCUGUGCUGAUCCCUGUGGAGCAUUCCUUCCGAACUCAGAAGCUUCAGGGAAUCUUCGCGGGAAAGAAGCUCCAUAAAAUGCUGUGUUUUAAGGAUUCCAGUGGGAGAUUCUUUACAAACAUCAGAGUUCACAGAUGAAAGAAAACCGACUCUAGAAAGAUGGUCAGUGUUUGUACCACAGUUCUGAAUGUCCCAGUUCUCAAACAGGAGAGUCUGGAAAUUCACCGGAAUCUGCCCAGAAGAUGGCUUAUCAAUGAAGAUUUGGGGCAGGACUUUAGCAAAAGGAUAAUGAUCAACAAAACUGACGUCCACUACAAUGGAACCUCCAUGUAGGAGCGAUGGUUUCCAGCCCUGUAUCUCUACCAUGUAGAACUGGGCUUGGCUCGCCAUUGCUGCCCAGCCAUUGCUAAACCAAGUGCAGAAAAUCCCUAUAAUUAGGACAAAUAGUUGGAAAUUCUAGUCCUUUCUCUACCCUAAAUUCAUAAUGACGUACUCAAAAGGAAUCCUGCAAGUAGCCUUAAUAAGAUUUUCAGGAAAUACUGAUUGAAGUACAGGAAGUCAUGUGAUACUGCCGUCCACAAUACUAGAAAUUUGGACAAGACUUGUGAAUGGCUGCUGUCCCUCCCAGCCUUCCUUCUCUGUACAAUGCACCAUCCGUUGUGUUCAGUGUAAUAUUUAGUAUCCUUAGUUUGUAUUUUACAGGCUAAAAAAAUUAAUCUAGUUACAUGAUACUGCAAUUUGUAUGAUUGGAAAUUUUGAACCUUAAUUCAUUAAGGUAGGAGUUUUCUGUACCUCUCUGAAAAAUGUUAAAAGUAGUUACUAAUGAUAAAAAAUUUCUUAGUAAACUUGAAUUGUUGGUA